AUGGCUCGGAGGCGUCCGGCUUCCAACAGCAAAGAUGCCCGAAAGGCACCAUUGGCAUGCCUGACUUGUCGCAAGAAGAAGGUUCGGUGCUCAGGGACUACGCCCUGUCAGUACUGCACCAAGAGAGGACUGGACUGUAGGGUUCCUGAGCAUGGGCACAAGCGCAUGUACAUGGCCAAUCGUAUUGAGGAACUUGAGAGCAAGUUGGCCAGAUAUGAAAAGGAGGGUAAUACGAUACCAACCGGACUACCUGGGAGCAUUUCACUUACAGAAACCCCGGCUCCAACCCAUAACGGACUCAAUGGAGAAACAAAUGGGCACUCACAGACAUCUCACUCAUCCCCAAACGCAGAUCAGCACAGAACGUCAAGGUCUCCGAGCUUCAUUCGCCCGUCCAGCUUCGCAGCACCUUUGACUCAGCCUAGUUAUCCGGCUAAAGAGGCCGCUCAUACAUCCCCAGCUUCAACGAUUCUUGCAGGCUCCUCUCUGAGUUCGAGCCACACCUUUGGUUCCAGAGUACAGGAUCUACUUGGGUCAUCUCGUCCCGAGUAUGAUCAAAUCACAAACAAGCCCUGGGUGAGCCCAGAGGCAAACCAACUUCACGAAGUAGCUAGGAACAGCGCCCCAUGGCGAACUUCGAAUACCGAGUUUCCCAAGCUGCCAUCAAGACAAGAGGCAGAGAGACUACUGGAAAAGGCCUUGUUCUACAUCGGCCAGUCACAGCAUCACAUUGACGCCCGCGAGUUCUCAGACCGACUAUGGGUGUUUUACGAGAACAAGGAUGAUCCUGAGCAGCGUCAAUCGCCGUGGGUUCUGGAGAUGAUUCUGAUGAUUGCCAUUGGAACACUAUUUGACGCGAAUCCCGAAGGUAAUGAUGAGUUUUCAGGGGUUCAGCUGUUUGAAUAUGCGCACAAGAACGUACCGACGUUAACAGAGAUGCGUGCCUUUGGAAAGCUCGGGGUUGAGAUCUUUGCGCUCUUUGCGAUUUACCUUGUAAACAUGAACCGCAAGGAAGAGGCUUAUCUCUACAUCAGCACUGCUAUGCGACUGGCUAUUGCGCAAAAGUAUCACAGAGUUUGUGGAACCAGACACUUGAUGCAGUCAGAAAAGGUCCAUUUGAACCGUCUCUGGUGGACUAUUUACAUGCACGAGAGACGUCUAGCUGCAGCAACGGGAAACCCUCCUAGCAUAGCUGACGAAGCCAUCAACAUCUCACUUCCAAGCGAUUCCCCCGGGUUCCCUCCUGCUGGGCCUAUGUGCACAAACAUUCGGAUCGCCAGAGCCACAGGGCGCAUCCUGGCUGUGCUCUACAACCCAGAGGACGAAUCAGAGAAUACCUUUAUCCCUCAUGUCCAAGAGAUCGUCAAGUCUUUAUACGGGAUAUCACAAGAGAUUCCCUCAGACUCGGUUACUGAUGUCUACAACCUGGGUCGUGACCAGUGUCUGAGGACAACUGCCUCACUUCAUCUGAUGCUCUUCCAGGCAACAAUUCUCACAAUUCGGCCAAUCAUGCUUCAUGCUGCAAAGCUCAUCCUGAGUGGCCAAGGGCCAACUGGCGAGCAACUACAAGCUUCGCCACUUGGAAGGCUAUCAAGGACGUGCGUGGAAGCUGCUAGGCGGCAACUGAAAGUCGUCGGUACACUAAGGAAGCGAAACAUGAUCGCAAUCUUUGGUUUUUACGACUUUGAGGCCUCGUUCUCUGCUGCCUUCGUCAUGAUUCUGGCCGCCAUUCUGGACUCGGUUUGCGACGAGAGCUCAAAGAUCAACCCCAAGCCGGGGCUGACCGAGGCAUUGGGCGAGUUGCAGUACCUCGCCGACCACGGCAACACGUACGCUCGUGAUAGGCUGCAGGAGGUGAAGAGGCUAUGGAAGGUCAUGGCUCAAAAGAUUGAGUCACUGCAAGUGGUCAACGUGUCUCCUCAGGCACACACAGGCGACGUCAACGGCGAUGCUCACCACGACACUCAAACCAAUGGUAUCGGAGUCAACGGCACAGAACUCGUCAACAUGGGUAACGCCGGUGUUGACCUAGUUCCCGGACAAGGCCAGACAUCUCCAGAGGACUUUAUGCUCCUCGACACUGAUCUCUGGGACAACUUCAACAACCUCUGGGUUCCCAUGCCCGAGGGCGCGGGAGACAACCAGCAGCAAGACAUGAUGAUGGCGGACAUUCCGCCAGACGACUUUUACAAGUACUGCUACUCGAUGUAUAAUAAUCCCGACUGGGACCUCACGGGAGAGGAUGUUGGGGACUUUGCUGAGCUUGGAAGGCACAUUCAGGAUUCUUGA